UGUCAUCGGGUUUUCUCCACCUCUAUUUCAUAUUUUGACUUCUCAUUCGGAACAACAAUUUAUAUUCUGCCAAAAUGCUGUUUCUCAAGGAAAAGCGGUCCACUCUAGAUCUGACGGAGUACACGGUGAUCCUCCCGAGCAUCUGUGUGGGCAACGCGGCGCAGCUGGCCUGUGACCUGUUGAUCGCCUCCAAGAAACUACGGCGCAUCGGAUCCCUUACACAUCCUGCUCUAAUCCCGGUCUAUGGACCGUCGGCCUAUCAACACGAACCAAACGAGAAGGUCUCGUCCUGUGAGCUGUACGAGGGCGCCGAGGACAAACUGCUGGUCGUGCAGUUCCGGGCGCCAUGGAUCGCCCGCCACACCGGCAGUUUUCAGCAGGAGCUGGUGGAGCUGCUCAAGGGCGCCCGCCGGGUGGUCAUACUCAGCGGCAGCUUCGGCUUCGAGCGACGCGUGAUUGAGGAGUCGCCGUGGGCGUACCGCGCUAGCGACAACUUCAAGGAGAUCCACGCUGCCCAACUGGGAAAUGCGGAGCUGAUCAAGUGGAAGGAGCACACUGGCGAGGCUAUUUACGGCGGCGGCAAUGCCCUGCAGCUUUACAAGGCCUUCGACGAGAAGAAUGUGGCCGUUAUGCUGCUAUUCCGCUAUCUGCUCGAGGGCGACAACUCGACGGAUGCUUCCCUGAUAGUCAAAGAGCUUAACGAACUGUGCGAGGAUUUCCUGCAGCUGCGCAGCGGCAGUGGCGGCGACAGCAGCUUCAAGCUAACGGUGCCCAAGUCCUGGAACCUGCUCUUCGGCAACGACAUCACGGAACUCCUCUUCUGAGCUAUAGCUUAAGUCUGUCUUUAUUUUUCGGUGACUUCAAAUACAAAUAUGUUAAUCUUUUGGUGUAGGAUAAAAGAGA